CCCAUGGUACUUCCGGAAACAGCGCCGGGCCCGGUCCGAGCGCCGGGCGGGGAGAGGCGCUGCUGGGAGGGGAGAGAAACCAUGCCAUUUUUGGGCCAAGACUGGAGAUCCCCCGGAUGGAGAUGGGUUAAAACAGAAGAUGGAUGGAAACGAUGUGAGCCCUUUACUCCUGCACUUGAGGAUGGGAAUAAUCAGCUGAAUGAUAUCAGCCACACUGUCAUCAUAACUGGGGAUGAUGAGAAAGAAGUAUACAGUACUGAAGACUGUGAGUUUGCAGCCAAGAAAAGGAAAAAAGAUCAUUUUAGGAAUAACACGGAUUCACAAUGUUUUUAUCGUGAAAAGUGGAUUUAUGUUCAUAAAGAAAGCACCAAGGAAAGACAUGGCUAUUGCACCUUGGGAGAAGCUUUUAACCGCUUAGAUUUUUCAAGUGCAAUUCAGGACAUCAGAAGGUUCAAUUACGUGGUCAAACUUUUGCAGCUAAUUGCAAAAUCCCAGUUAACUUCACUGAGUGGUGCAGCACAGAAGAACUACUUUAACAUUUUGGAUAAAAUUGUGCGGAAGGUCAUGGAAGACCAAUAUAAUCCACGAUUAAUCAAAGAUCUUCUACAGGAUCUGAGUUCUACUCUCUGUAUACUGAUUAGGGGAGUAGGAAAAUCUGUGUUGGUAGGGAACAUCAAUAUUUGGAUUUGCCGAUUAGAAACUAUCCUUCUGUGGCAGCAACAAUUAAAAAACCUUCAGAUGAACAAGCAAGUCAACAAUGGUCUUACGCUUAUGGAUCUCCCUCUCCAUAUGCUGAAUAACAUCUUAUACAGGUUCUCUGAUGGCUGGGACAUUAUUACUCUGGGUCAAGUGACCCCAACUUUGUACAUGCUUAGUGAAGACAGACAGUUGUGGAAAAAACUCUGCCAGUACCAUUUUGCGGAAAAGCAGUUUUGUAGGCAUUUGAUUCCAUCAGAGAAAGGUCACAUUGACUGGAAGUUGAUGUACUUUGCACUUCAGAAAUAUUACCCAAUAAAGGAACAGUACGGGGACACCUUGCAUUUCUGUCGACACUGUAGUAUUCUGUUUUGGAAGGACUACCACCUUGCUUUGUUACUCCAGGAUACAGGACAUCCCUGCACAGCCAGUGAUCCAAACACCUGUCUCAUGCCAGUAUCUCCUCAGCAUUUCAUUGAUCUAUUCAAAUUUUGAGGUGUUCAGUAGCUGUUCUCCUGUGUUUGUGGCCAUUUUUGUGAAGAGUCAGGCAGGAUAUGUUAUGCUUUUUGUGCAAUAUAUUUAAGUGUAAUGUUUUAUUGUAGUUUAAAAAAAAUGUGUGGGGGAGAUUAUCAGACAGGUUUAUUUGGUGUAUUGCUUUUGUGCAGAAAAGACAGGAGGAGAAGGAGCUGCAUUAAGAAAAUUUCUUUGUCAGGAAAUCUGCAGUGGACUUUUUUUUAAGUCCAAGAAAGACCACUUAAAUCUCAACUUUAAAUCCAUGCUUUUGACGCCUUAAUAGUUGGUUAAAAUUAUGUGGGGGAGUUUUGAAAAUUUCAUGGAAGAAUCAAACUACUCUUGCAGGGACCAAAGGAGGGGGUUUUUUGUUAAUCCUUCUUUCUUUAAGCCACAGUUUUCAAAAUACCUCCAUAUAAUUUGCACUAUUAUAAAGAAUAGGCCAAUAUUCUCUUAGACUCUUACUGCAUCACUACCAGGGUGACAUUAAUCAUUGUGAGGUAGUGAAUAAAAUAUAACUGUGGUUAUAUCUGCUGUUGAACCUAUAUGAAUGAAGGAAAUCAACCAAUCUUUGUACAUACAUUAUGCAAAUAUAUUUAUUUUUCUUAAGGACUUUAUUAAACAUAUAUAACCUAUCUCAGCACAUCCCACAGAACUCGACACCAAUCUGGGGCUACUGGAAAUCUCAUUUUUCUGGUGGUAGCUACAGCCUUCAUUUAUACUGUUUGGAAUGUCUACAAAUGCAACUGCAUUAAUUCAUCUUCUAAGAAGAAGAAAUUAUUGAAAUUUAAGGAGAAUGGAGUUGCUCAUUCUGGUACAGUGGCAGAAGCCUAUGCUACCAACCGAGGUUCUAACCUCGGGGGUUUGAAGCUAUGGGGAACACUGAAGUUUGAGCUCAAGCACCUUCUGCCAAAUUAAUCAGAUGAUAAAUUCUCAAGGAAGUUAUUUUCAUCUAUCCUGUAGAACAAACUAAAUUGCUUGGCUUAGGCAGGUAAAGGAAAAAUUAGGGAAGUUUUGGGUUUGUCAGUGAAAUUUAAAAAUAUGUAAUGUACAGAAAAAAUAAAUUAUGUACCAUAUUCUGCACUUGCCUGUUCUGAAUCUAGUUUUGUACAGUGUAAUAAAUCAUGGUUUUAUCUGUUAUUUCUAGAAGUCUCCAGUGCACAGAGAUGAAUCAAUUUGUAUUCUGUAAGAUCUUUCUAUAACCUGUUCUCUGUAGUAAUUGGUCAUGGAAUAAGAAGCUUACAACCAGUCCAAGUGACACUGCUUUUCAGUAACUGGUUGUCUUAGCACUUUUUUUUAAUAGGAUAGUUGGGCUGUUAAUAGGCUGCACAAGAAGAGGAGAAUAUUUAUUUCCUCAAAAGAUAGUUUAACUUGAAUCUUGGUAAUAUUCCAACCUUAUCCAUUGACUUUGCUGAUAGGUGGAUUUUUCAAUACAGGGUUUUGUGGAUUUCUUUUCUUUCUUUCAAUUCAGGUGUUGACCAUGGCUAUGGUAGUGAUCAGGUGUGGAGCCAAGGACAUCCAUUCUUAUUCCUCUUCAUUCAGAACAUUGCUGCAAGCCCUGCUUUCCCAGCCCAAGCACUGCUGUAGCCACUGGAUUUGUUAAGGAACCGGCGGCCCUUCUUUAACAACAUUUUGCACCCCAUUAUUUAACUCAUGUAAGAGUUGCUGAUGUGCUUUCCCAUGUAUGUGACCUGGGUAACCUUGACAGAGGUUGCUGAUGGCUGACAUCCAUUAAUCACUCCCUUUUGCUACCCUUCAUGAAACUGCAUCUAAAUACAUGGAUGCUACCUGCUUUCUCUGAGAGCUUGAAAGAAAGGUUUUAAUACUGCUGCGAGCUCUUCCCCCACCGUGCUGACCGAAGGUCUCUGAUCAGGGACUGUGUGGAACCAUCUCCUGCAGACAGAAUGCAAGCUUGUAAGGGACCCACUGUUACCUGGAAGCUGCCCAUCACUGAAGAGACAAAUGUGACAACUGGGGAAAGGUAUUAAGAGAGCUGUAAGAGACCUCCCCUAGCCACUGAAUUGAGGAGGGAGAGAAAUUACUUAAAAUGGCUUGUAAGAACUUAAAGAUAGGUUUGGAAAAAUCAGUAUCGGUAAUAAUUAAUUUUCAGUUCUCUUAGAAAUGUCAAGUGACAGUACUUUCUCUUUCCCCACUUGCUGUCUUGCUCUACCUUCUGUAGCAAAAAGCCUUUGACAGGCUGAAUGUUUUGUUCUGAGACACGUUCCUGUGCAGGCCAUUCAGGAUAACCAGGCCAUCCCACAGGUCUGAGGUGGCAGUAGACAAGAUGACAGCAACCAGGAUUCUGCCUUGUAUUCUCCAUUCUACAUUCACAGGUUGGUUGAGGGUGGAAGGGACCCUGUUAAGCAGGGCUCAACAAGCUGAUUGUCCAGGACUUUGUCGAGAACCAUGGCCAGAUGGUUUUUGAGUAUCUACAAGGAAGGAGACUCUACAGCCUCUUUGGGCAGCCUGUGCCAAUGCUUGGUUACCCUCACAGUAACAAAGUGUUUCCUGAUGUUCAGAUGGCACCUCCUGUGUUACUUGUGCCCCUUGCCUCUGGUCCUUUCAGUGGUUUCCAGUGACAAGAACUUGACUGCCUUCUCCUCCCACCCCCCCUUCAGGUAUUUAUAGACAUUGAUGAGAUCCCCCUGAGCCUUCUCUUUUCCAGACUGAACAGUUCCAGCUCUCUCAGCUUUUCCUCACAGAACAGAUGCUUCAGUCCCUUCAUGAUCUGUAUGACCCUUCACUUGACUCCCUUCACCAGGUCCAUGCAGCCCAUUAACCUUAUCUGUGUUGCAGCCCAUUAACCUUAUUGUGUCAAGGGCACACUUCUUGGCUCAUGUUCAGCUUGGUGCCCACCAGGAUGCCCAGGUCCAAAAACCAGCAGCCUUUUAAACCUCUCUUUCAGGUUAACAAAAAAAAGGGGGGGGAGAAAAGAUGUGCAUACAUGCUCUGAGAAGCAUUUCAGUGCAGGGCUAUUAAUUAUUUUUUAUAUCUUAAAGAUCUUGAGUGCAGAAUCACACUGUCAUGAGCAGUGUUACAAGCUUUUAACACUCAGCAAAACUGAGCUUUGGGAAUAGUUCCCCUAGCUAGUUAAAUAUUUAGUGAAUGCAUUUCUUAGACUAGGCAGAUACUAGAGCUUGAUUAAGAGUGACUACAUGAUGUGAAGUCACUGGCUGCAUAAGAAGAUAGCUUUUAAUUGUGUCACCUACCAAAAAAGCUAAGGCAGUGAUUAUGAUCAAUAUGGUUUGUGUUGUCUUACUUGGUUUUGGUUGGGAGUUUUUUUAUAUCUCAAAGAGAUGGAAAGGGGAGAGAAUUCCACCUUUAGGAUAACAAUCAUGUUAAUACCUCACCUGAAGUAAAGAAUGUAUUCUGACAGCCUGAAUUCAUCUCAUUUUCCUUUACAUCAGUACUUACUCAUGUAACCUAAAGUGUUGUAACCCAGGAGAAAGUCAUUCCUUAAAAGUAAAACAUCUGC